AUGUACCUGCAGAUGGUGCUCGUUGCCCUUUGCAUCACGUCCGCAAUUUUCCCCAGCCAAGUGGAUGCAGAUACGCCCAAUGAAACAGAGAGGGAAGAAAGGCGUAGCCGUAACCGAUCCAUUUCGAGCCCUCCUUUCUUACCACCAAGUUUGGGCAACACGUUCAACGACCCUUCGCUUCUCUUUAUGACGGAGGAAAUGGAACUGCCACCGGAUAUAAAAAGAACGAGAAGGCGCACAAGAGCUCGCCGCCCCUACCCUCCAAGCAGAAGACGAGGCCCGCCUGUCCCGCAUCCAUUUAUUACAUUUUCUGUGACGGUGACGCCUAGCCGGACGGCUGUACCCGAUAGGACAACUUCCAGGACGGUGACGCCUAGCCGGACGGCUGUGCCCGAUAGGACGACUUCCAGGACGGUGACGCCUAGCCGGACGGCUGUGCCCGAUAGGACGACUUCCAGGACGGUGACGCCUAGCCGGACGGCUGUGCCCGAUAAGACGACUUCCAGGACGGUGACGCCUAGCCGGACGGCUGUGCCCGAUAGGACGACUUCCAGGACGGUGACGCCUAGCCGGACGGCUGUGCCCGAUAGGACGACUUCCAGGACGGUGACGCCUAGCCGGACGGCUGUGCCCGAUAAGACGACUUCCAGGACGGUGACGCCUAGCCGGACGGCUGUGCCCGAUAGGACGACUUCCAGGACGGUGACGCCUAGCCGGACGGCUGUGCCCGAUAAGACGACUUCCAGGACGGUGACGCCUAGCCGGACGGCUGUGCCCGAUAGGACGACUUUUCGAACUUCCUCUUUGACUUUGUCUCCGUCUAGUAGUAAUUUGAUUUUGUUUUGUCCGGAAAACGUGUCGCUGGUGCCAUGGCCGUCAGUUCAGGUUGGGGUUGUUAAUGUUCGUGAGGGUUUUCGAUUGCUUGGAACGCUUGGUGGCCAAUGGAAGUUGCUGCCUUGGGAGUGGGGUUCACCCAAGCUUGGAAAUGAGCAGGUUAUUUUGAACGCAAGUAUACUGAAAGUUUCUUGUCGUGAGCGGAGGUUGGGCAGGAUGAGCCGAAGAGGUUGCACCCAUUUUCUCUCGUUGAUUCGGGGUGGCGUGCAAGUAGUGCGGGAUGAGUUGGGGCUUUUUCAGCUUAGUUUUUCACCUAUUAAAGAUUUUUAUAUUAACGUGAAUGAGGCCAUUGAGUUUUCGGCACCAGUGGAUGAGGUUUUGGGUUGCCGCAUGCCGCCGCCUUCGCUUUCGGAUCAUGCGCAACGGUAUUAUUUGCUGCGUGGUGGGGAAAGAAAGGUUCCAUUGUACCCGCUCAUAUCUGUUGCUGUGUCAUCUGUAACGCAACCCGUGUAUGCAGGCGGCACAGGUGAGGCUGGCAGAGUUACCGCAAUGUUCUCGCUGCUGGGCGCACCCUUUGGUGUACCGGGUAUUAACUACGUGACAGUGUUAAGUAUGAUGCACUGCACGCCUGAUGCAACUCGUCGUGCGUUGGGGUAUUAUCGCAGCAUUUCUGUGGCGACGAUCGAGGACUCUUUCUACGGUGUGAUGAUAGGCAACCUCAUUAUUACCUGUGGCGUGCUGUUGGUGCAUUUUUUGGUGAUUCUGUCGUUGAAGUGGAAAGGCAAAGGUUCAUGGACGAGGACGGCGGAACGCUGCUUUUUUCCUGGCAUUCCGUUACUUUUUCUUGUGAAUCUGUUUGUGGGGACCUCCUUUGCGUCAAUGCAGGGGCUUUCAUCCAAGGUAGGGUCUACGCUGGUGCUGAGCAUCGUCAUGCUUCUGCUGUUUGUCGGCGGCCUCAUUGUGGUCCUUUGUGUGUCGAUGGCGAAGGCACGAUUGACAUUUUAUCCCAUUCUGUCUUUGGAGGGCACUACUCUGCUGAGCAAAAACUCGUGUAUGUCAAUGUUGGCUGCUGGAUGGUUGUUGCGCGUGGGCGGCUUUUGGCUACCGGCUACGGUGGCAAAUGGCUUUUUCCUGCUGUUGAUGAAUCUGCGUCGGUCCCGCGUAGUGUGGGUAACGUUGUGGCUGUGGGCGCCCUUGGUUGUUGCUGUGUUUGCGGCACUUCCGGCGCAGACAGCCGCUGGUUGUAUCGCUAUUCAUGUUGUGCUUAUUUUAUGUCACUUAAUUUUUUUUGGGGCCGUUGCGGUGUUCCGUCCGCUCAUCUCGCCGCUGGAUAACGGCUACUAUCUCCUUGUGGUGCUUGUGAGCGUGUGGCUUCUCGCUGCCGACAUCGAACUCCUCCUGCAUCCCGACAAUGAACCUGCUCUGUUUGCCGCUUGCACUGCUGCCAUUGUUGCUAUCGUCGCGUUCUUUGUGUACAUCGUUCUGAAGACGCUGCAGGUGAUUGCGUUUGCCAGAAGGAAAUGGGCGGGUGCGGAUGUACGGGGUGCCGCAGGGACGCGUUAUAGAGAGCCGAAUCAAACCGCACUGUUUAAUUUGCCCACAGGGGGGCAGAAGCAACCGGAAAUGUCGCCAUCCUCAUCUUCCACGGCGACACCUGCUGCCGGACCUCCGUUGGUGGUACCGCAUGUGCAGAAUUUGGUAGAGCGUACCGUGGGUGGCGACCCGCGCGACCGCGUUCUUCCCGGCCAACAGCUUUCAACAGUUUUGUUGAAUGAGUUGACGACAGACAACGCGGUUGUCGCUCUUGAGUUCGCCCGACCGGUCGUUCCACUGCGUGAUACUCGUACGGGUGGUGCGACGCAACGUGCGGCGUUCCCUCGAUGGUCAUCGUUUGGCUCCCUAUCGUUAGACUCGUUGGAGUCGAUUGACCUCGACGUUUGGAGCGUCGGCGGCGGGAGAGGCGGGGGAGGAGGACCCGUUUAA